AUGGCGCCUUCGAAGUGGGACGACGAAGAGGAUAGCACCCCUCCCUCAUCUCCGCCUCCUGUCGCCGGCCGUCGCAAGUUCGACGAUGAAGAAGAUGACGAAGUCCUAGACUCCUGGGACGCCGCCGAAGACUCCGAAGUCGAGCGCGAAAAAGCCAAAGCCGCCGCUGCAGCCAAAGCCAAAGCUGAUGCCGCAGCCGCCGCAAAGAAGAAAAGCAAAGCCCAACGCAUACAAGAACACCAAGAAGAGCGCAAAAAACUCGAAGAAGAAGAAGAAGAAGACUCGGAUGAAUACAGCAGCGAAGAUGAGGCCGAGCGCCGGGCACGCCUGCGCAAGACCGAGAAGGAUUCCGAUCUCAAGCACGCCGAGGAUCUGUUUGGUGAUAUCGACCUGAACCGUAAUCGGGGGAAAUCAAAGGCUAUCGUUGUCGGGGAUGCGUCGGAUCCUACAAAGGCGAUUGAUUUGUCCGCCAUGCCGUUGUUUAAACCUACAACCAAGGACCAAUUCACCGCGUUGACCAACACCCUUAUCCCGCUGUUGACAGCCAACUCGAAGAAGGCGCAAUACGCUCUCUGGGCACCUGAAUUUGCGAAGCAGCUGGUCAAGGAUUUGCCCAGUGACCAGGUCAAGAAAGUGGCUAGUGCCUUGACGACCCUAAGCAACGAAAAGAUGCGCGAAGAGCGUCAGGCCGAUAAGGGAGGCAAGAAGUCCAAAGCAGCAAAGACCAAGACAUCUUUGAACACUGCGCGGGACUUUACAAAAGUGGAUACUAAUGUUUAUGAUGAGGAUGACUUGGGUGAUGACGAUUUCAUGUAA